AUGUUAUGUAUAUGUUCUUUUUUAUUGACAGAUAUCUCUGAUUGUGCUGUUGCUAUUCUCAGUGAAUCCAUUGAAAAACAUGAUCGCAACAUCUAUGAAAUGGGUGCUGAUAACCUAAGUAAUGAACAGCGAGCCGCUCUCUUCUCCAAAGUUCUUGGUAGACCUAUUACAUAUGAACAAAAAUCAAUGGAAGAUUUCUAUAAGACAUGCAUUGGUUUUGGCAUGUCUCAUUCACUCGCCUUUAAUUUUGUAUCCUAUCAAAUGACAGAGAAAUGUAUGAGUACUAUUCUACAGAUUGCUCUUCUUAUCAAUCGACCAUUACGCACAGUCGAAGACUGGAUAAAAGAGAACGCCAGUGCAUUUCAAUGA